AUGUCAUUCCGGUCGGAGAACGAGCUGACAAACCACUCGAAUUUGGUUAGAUCUCCCGGAAAUGCAGUGGAUAGUUCUUAUCUGGACAGCUUCACAGGAGAGGCUGAAUCCUGUAUGGAGAAUUCUUUUCCAAGUAUGAACACGAGCAGUUCGUUGCUUGAUGAGGAUACUAUAUCGGCUGCGAUGCAAGCAAUUGCCGAGGCGAGCCGAUUUCAUACCGAACUUGUCGAGUCCACCACAUCUUUGGACCACACUAGUCAAAGAAACGAUCAAAUUCCGUUGAUCUCGAUUGAUACUGGAAAAAGUGAGAACGAUGUCAAUAACCACCAAAACCGUGAUGAUCAUAGUGGUGAGGGCAAACACAACAGCAUCGCUAGUGUAUCUCACUUUGAGUGUGGAGUAAAGUUGGAAACGAUGGAAGUGACUACACCGGCCGAAUUAUCAUCAUCAUCGAUAGUGAUACCAGUUACAUCAGCGGAAACGCACUGCUACGAUUCUAACUCUGUGUUUUUAGACUCUCUGUUCAAGUCAUCCAGUUUUUCCCAACAGCAGAUAACGGAGCCGGACAAUUCAUCAGAAACCGAUCAAGAGAAUUCCGAUCUCGCUUUGCUAUCUUCUCUACACCCAGGACAGAGUCCUUCGAAUCCGAGCGAGACUCGAAUGCACUCCAACUGGCGUCCCACACUUCGACCUAUUUUUGAACGCGUCCUUAUUGAGCGCCUUUGGACUCAAGGUGAACUGGGUGGAUCGAAGCCGCGUGCUUUGUUACUCACCAUGUGGUUUUUUAUCUCACGCCAUUUUGGAAUCGGAUGUCGAACGGAACAUGCGCGACUUGUGCUGGGAGAUUUGCAAACGCGAACAGACGCUCAAACUGGUUCUCGUUGUCUGAUGUUUGUGCGGUAA